AUGCAUUUGAUGUACACUUUAGACGCUGAAGGUAAGAGAAUCUAUACCUUGAAGAAAUUGACUGAAUCAGGUGAAAUCACCAAAUCUGCCCACCCAGCCAGAUUCUCCCCAGAUGAUAAAUAUUCCAGACAAAGAGUAACAUUGAAAAAGAGAUUUGGUUUAUUGCCAACCCAAAAAUAA